ACUUCAUACACAAAUAUUCUCUUUUAUUAAUAUAUAAAAUGAUAUAUGAACAGCUUGAAUUAUGCAUAACUAAUGAAACAUACCACUUUACACCAUUAAUAGAACCAGCCAAAAAAGAAUCGUCGACUAUGAUACAUCAACUAGAAACACUAACAGUGUAUAGGAAUUCUGGUGAAAUACAACUUAAUGCUCCACAAAUACAAAACGCAAAGAUAGAGAAAGAAAUGAUAGUUUAUGGUAUAUUGGGAUUCAUAAGACUUCAAGCAGGGGAAUAUAUGAUUGUAAUAACGAAUUGUCAUAGAAUUGGUACACUUAUGCAUGGAGCAGAUAUAUUACGUGCAACAGCUUUCCAAACUUUGCCUCUUUCACGACAAGAUAAUUAUGGACUCACAAAUGAGCAAUUAGAUGAUGAGCAAAGAUACAUUCAAUUAAUAGAAAAUCAUUUGAAGCAAAAUAAUUUUUAUUUUUCUUAUAAAUAUCCUAUUACUUUACCUAUUCAAAAGCAACUGGAAAUGGAUAAUAGUUGGAGACAUGCAGAUACAAGAUUUUAUUGGAAUAGAUAUUUAAAUGAGAAAUUAAUAGCUGCAACUGUUAAUUCAAAGAUACAAAGAGAUUUUAGUUCUUUUAUAUUACCUGUCAUACAAGGAUUUGUAUCAAUUAUUCCUACUGUUAUCAAUAAUAGAGCAGUAACUUUUGCUUUAAUAAGUCGACGUAGUCAAGAGCGUGCUGGUACACGUUAUUUUAGUCGUGGGUUAGAUGAAUUUGGUUUUGCUUCUAAUUUUGUAGAAACAGAGCAACUUUUAUUCUGUGAUCCUUCAAAAUCACUUGUGCAAACUAAUUCUAUUUGUGCUUCUUUUAUUCAAACUCGUGGCAGUAUACCAGCGAUAUGGGGUCAAAUACCCAAUACACGCUAUACACCAAAAUUAUGGAUGAAUGCAGAUCUAAAUGAUGAUAAGGUUUUGAACACUUCUAGGUUACAUUUUGAUCAACAAAUUAAGCAUUAUGGGCCACAAAUACUUGUUAAUCUUGUUAAUUCAAAGGGGUAUGAACUUCCUAUAGGCCAACUAUUUGCUACUAUAGUACAGAAACUUGCUAAUCCAAAUUUAAAAUAUAUUCAUUUUGAUUUUCAUCGAGAAUGUUGUAAAAUGAGAUGGAAUCGAGUUCAAUUACUAGUUGAUCAGUUGGAACCCGAUUUAAGGGAACAAGGAUAUUGUCUUUAUAAUUCAAUGUCUGAACCCAAAUUGAAAAGAAGACAAAUAUCAGUAGUACGUACAAAUUGCAUGGAUUGUUUAGAUAGAACAAAUGUAGUUCAAAGCACAUUGGGUAGAUGGGUCCUAAAUAGACAGUUACGUGAAAUGGGUAUUUUACAAUCAACAGAAGUUAUUGAAAAUGAUGAGCAGUUUAUGCAAAUAUUCAAAAUUGUUUGGGCUGAUAAUGCUGAUGCCUUAAGUGUCCCAUAUUCUGGUACAGGCGCUUUAAAAACUGAUUUUACAAGGACUGGUAAACGUACCCGGCUUGGGCUUCUACAUGAUUUUAAUAAUUCAGUUAUGCGAUACAUAAAGAAUAAUUAUUUAGAUGGAUCAAGACAAGACGGUAUAGACUUAAUACUUGGAAAAUAUAAAGUCAUGACAUCAUCACAUAUAACAAGUCCUUUCAAAUCAAAUGGUUCAUUUUGGAUUAUCAAAUUAAUUCCAUUCUAUUGUUUAGCAUCACUUGCAUUAUUCUUUGCAUUAUUAUUUUCACCGAAUCAAUAUCUUUUUUACUUUUUUGGUGACUCAUCAUUAGCUUAUAUAUCAAUGCUUUCAUUCUCCUUCACCGUCUUUCUUACUUGUUGGCUAUUUAUUCAACAAAAUGGGACUAAAUUUGUAGACUGGCCAAAGCUUUUACCUGAAGCAUAUAAUAAGAUGUUUAACAGCAAUGAGCUUUUAUUUAGUAAUCAUUAUAAUCAAAGCAGUAAUAUAGUAGGAACUAUUCAGAGCAAAACAAAUGAUUUAGUUCACAAGUGGACUACAAGAAGAAAUAGUACAGCUAUUUUGAAUCAAGUAGAGCAAGGAUAUGAAUUAAUGCCCCCUUUAAAAAAGACAACGUAACACAAUAAAUUUGCAUGAUUUUAUA